AUGGUUCGAAGUGGACGUGACCGUGACAGGGAUAGAGACCGGCGUCGAUCACAUAGCAGAUCUAUUAGUCCUGAUCGCAAGCGUCGACGAUCACGAUCUAGAAGUAGAGAUCGUACAUCCAAGAGUUCAAAACGAAAGCGGAGUCGCAGCAGGGAGCGGGAAUCCAAACGUGAUCGUAGUAGAGAACGCGAGAGAGAUAGAGAUAGGGAUAGAAAAAGGGAUAAGAGAGAAGAGAAAAGCAAUGGGUCCAGUAGCAAAUCAAGAAAGAAGUCACCAGAAAGAGAAAAGGAAGGUGAAAGUAAGUCGAAGGAAAAGUCAAUUAAAGCCGAACCUGAAUAUGACAUUGGAUCCGCUGAUAAGGAAGAAGAACAGAACAGGUUAGAGGCUGAGAUGCAAAAACGACGCGAUCGUAUCGAACGGUGGCGUGCGGAACGCAAACGGAAAGAGUUGGAGUCUGCUAAAAAGGAGGUACAAAAAGGAAGUCUAGUAACAAGCAUACAAACACCUACGGUGAAAAAAUGGUCCUUGGAGGAUGAUUCUGGAGAUGAAGGGGAAGAAGACAAGGAAGCAAAAGAAAAACAAAUAGCAGAAGAAAAGAAAGAAGAAGAUGAAAUUGACCCUUUAGAUGCAUAUAUGCAGGAAGUUCAGCAGGAAGUACGUAAAGUAAACCAAAUAGACCAAGCCCGUGGGAUCAUUAACAUGCCAUCAUCAGAUAGUGGCGUUGUGAUACUAACUGGGACAGCUAAGAAGCAAGUGACUGAGCAGAAGAAUAAGGGAGAAUUAAUAGAACAAAAUCAAGAUGGUCUAGAAUAUUCCUCUGAAGAGGAGACCGAAGAUAUUAAGGACGCAGCGGCAAAUCUUGCAUCGAAACAACGCAAGGAGUUAGCGAAGGUUGAUCAUGCAUCUUUACAGUAUAUGCCUUUUAGGAAGGCUUUUUAUACUGAGAUCAAUGAACUGUCUAGAAUGACUGCUGAGGAUGUAGAGGCAUACAGAACAGAAUUAGAAGGUAUUCGAGUUAAAGGAAAGGGGUGUCCUAAACCAAUUAAAAUGUGGGCACACUGUGGUAUUAGUAAGAAGGAACUAGAUAUUUUGAAGAAACUCGGAUUUGAAAAGCCAACACCUAUACAGGCUCAAGCAAUACCUGCUAUUAUGUCUGGAAGAGACUUAAUUGGUAUAGCAAAAACGGGUUCAGGCAAAACACUCGCCUUUAUCCUUCCGAUGUUUCGUCACGUUCUGGAUCAACCUCCUCUAGAAGAUACCGAUGGACCAAUGGCUUUAAUCAUGUCUCCCACUCGGGAACUGUGUAUGCAGAUUGGAAAAGAUAUUAGGAAGUUUGCGAAGUCUUUAAAUCUGAGAGUCGUUUGUGUGUAUGGUGGAACGGGAAUUUCUGAGCAGAUAGCGGAAUUAAAACGUGGAGCUGAAAUAAUAGUGUGCACUCCAGGGCGUAUGAUCGACAUGUUGGCAGCGAAUUCAGGUCGUGUCACAAACCUGCGCAGGGUCACCUACAUCGUACUGGACGAGGCAGACCGCAUGUUCGAUAUGGGCUUUGAGCCACAGGUGAUGAAAAUAAUAGACAACAUCCGCCCAGACAGGCAGACUGUGAUGUUCAGUGCAACAUUCCCGCGCCAAAUGGAGGCUCUCGCGCGGAGGAUAUUACAAAAACCUAUUGAAGUGCAGGUGGGUGGUCGAAGUGUAGUUUGCAAAGAAGUGGAACAACACGUGGCGAUCCUGGAGGAAGAUGCAAAGUUCUUUAAGCUGCUGGAACUGUUAGGGCUCUAUAGUCAUUUGGGCAGCAUAAUAGUGUUUGUGGAUAAACAGGAGAACGCUGAUAGCUUGCUCAAGGAUCUUAUGAAGGCUUCUUAUUCUUGCAUGAGUUUGCACGGAGGUAUUGAUCAAUUCGACAGGGACUCCACGAUCGUGGACUUCAAGUCUGGCAAGGUGAAGCUGUUGGUAGCGACCAGUGUGGCGGCCAGAGGGCUCGACGUUAAGCAGUUGGUGCUGGUGGUCAACUACGACUGUCCCAAUCACUACGAGGAUUAUGUGCACAGAUGUGGUCGUACUGGUCGCGCCGGUAACAAGGGUUACGCCUGGACUUUCCUCACACCUGAGCAGGGACGAUAUGCUGGUGAUGUGCUGCGAGCUUUUGAGCUUGCUGGCACCAAUCCACCUCUCGAAUUGAGGAAUCUAUGGGAAAAGUAUAAGGAAGCACAGGAGAAGGACGGAAAGAAGGUUCAUACUGGGGGUGGCUUUAGUGGCAAAGGUUUUAAAUUUGACGAGUCCGAAGCUCAAGCAGCAACGGAGAGGAAGAAAUAUCAAAAGGCGGCCCUCGGUCUCCAGGACUCUGAUGAUGAGGAUGUCGAAGGCGAUCUUGACCAGCAGAUUGAGACAAUGCUUGCUGCUAAGAAGAUUGUUAAGGAAAUUAAGCCCGGUGUAGCAACAGCUACCCCUCCCACUGGCGGACCAGCCACCACAGAUGGUAAAUUAGAACUGGCCAAACGACUGGCCUCUCGUAUCAAUAUUGCCAAGGGACUUGGCAUAGAACAGAAGGGGGCCACACAGCAAGCUGCCGAGGCUAUACUAAAGGGAUCGCCGUCCACACACACUCUUAUUACUGCGAAAACGGUGGCAGAACAACUCGCCGCGAAGUUGAAUACGCGGCUGAACUACCAACCGCGCGACGAAGCGAACGCGGAACCCGCGGAGGAGGUGUUCCGCAAGUACGAGACGGAACUCGAAAUCAAUGACUUCCCGCAACAGGCGCGGUGGAGGGUAACCAGUAAGGAGGCACUGGCGCUAAUAAGUGAGUAUUCGGAGGCAGGGAUAACUGUUCGCGGAACCUACGUACCGCCGGGUAAAGCGCCACCCGAGGGCGAACGCAAGCUAUACCUUGCUAUAGAGAGCUCACAGGAACUGGCAGUUGCCAAAGCCAAGUCGGAAAUAACACGUCUCAUUAAGGAGGAAUUACUAAAACUACAGACGUCCGCUCAUCAUAUGGUCAAUAAGGCGAGAUAUAAGGUUUUAUAA